AUGGCGGGGCCGGGUCCCUGGGGCGCGCCUGCGGCGUGCUCGCGGUCGCUGUUCCUGCAAGACGAUGGCAGCCCGAUGAGGUUCUACGUGCGGCCGGGGCUGGCCAAGCUGCGCCUGGCACCGCUGGUGCUGGCGGGCGGCGGGCGGUUGUGCCGCGUACAGGAGCCGGGAGCCGUGCUCCUGGCGCAGCCCGGCGAGGCCGCGCCCGCUGGUGCGGUCUCCACCGAGUACGUGACGGAGUGCGUGGAGCGCAAGCAGCGGCUGCCGCUGGAGUCCUUCCGGCUGCCCACCACGCCGCCCAGGUCUCUCGUCGUCGCCUCGCCGCGCGGGCGUCGGGCCUUCACGAAGGCGGAGGACGCAGCGCUGCUGCGGGCCGUGCGCGGCCGCGGCGAGGCGCGGGUGUGCGGCCGGGCGCUCUGGCAGGAGCUGGAGCGGGCGGGGCUGACGCAGCACAGCUGGCAAGCCAUGCGCGACCGCUACCUACGGUACCUGAGGCCGCUGCUCGGGGGGCCCCAGCAGAUGGAGGAGCCCGCACAAAACACGGGUGUUUUCGAGGCGGCGAAUCAGGAGUUCGAUGGCGCAGAGUCAGGAAGUGAUACUUCAAACAUUUCACAAGAGCUUUCCACAGAAGUUGGAGAAGGAAAGCCCACAGAAGAAACAGCAUCUAGCUUGGAAACUGGAUCGCAGGAGUGGGCUCUCCCUGACGCUCAGCUAGAAGGACCAGCAAGCACUUGCUCUUCUGCCAGUGUGGUAGAAGAAGCAGUAAAAACUAUGCAGUACUUCAUGAAGAAGUUCAGCGUGGACCUGCACACUGUUACACAGGCCUUUCUGAAAAACACAGGUGAAGUGGAGGCUACUUCAUACUUUCUGCAGACAGGGCAGCGCUUGGAUGGGUACCCUGUGUGGACCAGAGAGGAUGAUUUGGAGUUGCAAAAAGAUGAUGAACAUGUCAAAAACAAAUUGAUAGUGAAAUUUGGAGCUGAAAACGUAGCAAAGCGGGUAGCAUUUCGGAAAAGUUAGUAAAACAGAGGAGAAUCUAGAUCUAGAACUGUGGCAAGAACUUAAAGUCAUUUCAGAAAUGCAAAUGUGAUGGAAAAAGUCAUGCAACAUUCUGAAGUUUCAGAAAUACUUGUAAAUAUUUAUAAAAGGCUUGUUUUGUGUUUGCUUUUUAAUAUUUGAUGCAGUUUUAAAAUAGAAAAUGUUUUAGAGAAAGGUUCUAUAUCAAACUUUCACCAAGAAUUUGCUUUAAAGUGUGUAUCUAUUGUAUAAACUAGCUUGUGCUCCUAACUGUAUAUUGCUGCAUGCAAAGGAUUCUGAACGGGGCUGGUAUCAAAACUGACAGAAGGGCGUUAAGUCCUCUAACCUCUCAUGCAUUAUUAGGGCACAAUAGCAGCUUUCUGUUUUGUCCAUUUGUCUUCAAACUGUUGUGGAGGGUCGUUUAAUAACCUGCUCUGCCAGUUUUUAUUACCUUUUAUUGUUGUUAAGGAGACAAUAACAAUGAAUAUGUAGCUGUUCAAAAGCAACAAUCAAGAGCAUUCAUGCCACAGGAUAAGCUACUUGGGCUCCUAUGUGAAUGUUGAGAUGUCUCAGAAGGUCCUUGUGUACUUGGAAUUGCCAAAAAAUGGUCACUGUGAUAAUAAUCUUCACAGGGUUCUUUCAGGUAAAAACACAGGUCAGUAGACAGGCAUCUUAAAUUUUUGUUGGUACUUGCUGCAUAUGUUCUCCAGUGCUAAUACUGCAGAGUUUGUUUAAUAGCAUUACCAUCUUGCUUUGUGAUUUUAAAAAUGAUGAAUAGGUGUCCUCCAGCUUGCAUUGCUACAGACUGAGGAGUCACAGCUUACUUAGUCCAGCAAAAUAACACUUGUAGGAGGCCAUACACUCUAGCUGGAAGAAUUAGACAAGCUUUCAGGACCAUGUAUGAGGUAUGAGAUACAAGGUAAGGAAGUGUACUCAGAGUUUGGGUAUCUCUCACCUGUCAUGUUUGAGAGAGAACACCCUUGCUAAUGAACAGCCACAAUCUGAAAAAUUCAGUUCUUUCCAGUCUGGCAGCAAGAUGGGUCACAGUUGGCCAGUCCCUGAUUUUAUUUCCCCAGGUCCCCCUGCCUUUUUUUUUUUUUACCUCCCUGAAAAUAGGUGAAGCUAAGGGAG